CCAGUUUUUUCGCCCUUCUUCACUUGGUAGGCCUCCAGUAGCCCUUCCCGCUUGUUGGCUGCUUUGAGCUGCUCAGCGAGAUCGUCGUCGCCGACACAUCCGGUGUAGACAACGGAGUUUGGAGGGAGGAGGUACUGAAUAAAGAGACGUUCAGUCUUCGGAUGCUCGGUUUGGCAGCUGGAAUGCUCACCGCAGCCCCACGAGCAGCAUUCUGUGCUGCACCCCCAGCGACAUAGGUCACCUUGUGAUUCUUCACGAUGUCCUCGUAUCUAUGCAGAUGUCAAACGGAGGCUGCGGUAAAUUUUUUGGGCCGUACAUAGGAGCCUGCUGCUCCUCAGCGAGGAUGGCAUCGUUUGCAUUCAGUCCAUACUUGGCCAACAGAUCCUCGCCAUUCGUGACCUGCAUGUCGAGCAAGGGGUUACCCAUGCAGAAGAGGGCGGGGGUCGUCGAGGCCAUGGUGGAAGAGAAGAAGGAUAAUCGAUGACCAGAUCAGGCCAUAAUAUUACAGAUGUCAUUCAGCACGUCCACUACGUUAUGAUAUUCCUCGUGUCUGCUGGCUCGAACGCUCACGGACAGCUGGCCAAUGGAACGAUAGACGAUUCUCAUACAUUCGCGGCGUGUAUAUUCAAAGAUCUGCCACCUGGCUGUCGGAUUAUCGACCUCUGUUGCGGUGCCAAUCACACCUUGCUUCUGCUUGAGACCGGGGAUGGGAUACACGAGCUUUGGGGGUGCGGAGACGGUCGUGCAGGCCAGCUAGGACCGGACUGGGUCGAGCCAAGCACCUCUUUUCGCCCUGUAAUGCUCAAUUGUGAUGGAUACGCCCCUAAACUGAUAUCGGCGUCCUGGGAGACGUCGUAUGUCGUUCUGGCGUGUCCUGGUCAGAGGGACGUGCUGAUCUCUAUGGGUGCUAAUGACUUCGGCGAUCUUGGAGUAGGAACGUCUCGCUCAGCAGUGGACUUUCACGUUGUUGAGCUGCCAUGCAACGGAGAGACUAUCACUGCGCUGCAUGCGGGCCAGCAUCAUGUCGUGACCCAAGUAGAUGGAGCUCAAUUGGUGGGCUGGGGCCUCUCUCGCCAUGGACAGCUGGGAGAACCCAAGUCCAAAGUCGCGAUCCCACGAAUAAUAUCCGUUGACGGCCAGAUCAAGUCAUUUGCCCUUGGCGCUCAUCAUACUGUUCUCCUUCUCACCUCUGGCCAUGUUGUAGGGCUAGGCUCUAACCGGAAAGAGCAGUUGCAUGGGCUGGAGACGUCGAGUGACGUUCGAUUGGUGGGCUGUACGUGGAAUGGGACAUAUGCGGUUCUAGGUGACCAGAUACAUUCCACGGGGAGCCAUUCCAAAGGACAGCUUGGUAGGAGUCCGACAGAUCCGUAUGUUAAGCUCCCCCAGAAUCACCACCUGAAGAAACUGGCCUGUGGCACGGAGCACGUCCUUGCUUUAUUUGACGUCGUCGAUGGGGACCCAGAAGUAUGGGGUUGGGGGUGGAACGAGCACGGAAAUCUCGGUCUUGGUACGACACAAGAUAUUCGGCACCCAGUGAAAAUCUGGCCUCGAGACUCGGCGCCUGUUUCGGGGAACGCUGUGGACAUCUGGGCAGGCCCUGGCACCUCUUGGAUAUGGGUCCAAUGAGAUGGUCAAUGAUGCUUGCCUAUCGUGAAAGUCGUUAGUCGGCAGAACCUCGCUUACCGACGUUCAUGAUACGACAAAUACUCCGUUUCCCGAACCUAAGGCUAGAGUUUCAAGACUAUUCGAUAUACUUCCUGCGCCCACCGAAAGACAGGGAAGAGAUCAAAGCGAAUCCAACGUAUCACCGAGGGUCUGUCGAAUAUGUUUUAAUCCAACGUAACCAAAGUCAUGCGUUGACUAUUUACUGCAGAACAGGUUCGAUAAAUGGCAAAUGAGGGGCCGAGAUAAUACCGUAGCAUUACUUUACAAGCAGUAUAGUUACAGCAGCAUACACCUUUGUCGCGGCAUUAAUAUCAAUCUCCGGUGGCCAAGUCCAGAUCCGCAU